AUGGCCAGCUGGCAGGCAUAUGUCGCUUCGUGGAUGGUAUGGUGGAGGUUCAAGGGCUCUCUUCAAACCGUCAAGGCCCUUCGCCAGCGCAUUGAAACCGAUCGCCAGACCAAGAGCACGCGGCCUCCCGCGCAUCUGGAAACACGGUUCACCAUCGAGGAGCGCCAUCUCGGAGGCUGCACGCUGUAUGAUGUGGCGCCCAAGUCUGAGAUGCCGAACCAGGCCCGGAUUCUUUACCUCCACGGCGGCUGUUUGCUGUUUGAGAUUGAUGCCGCACAUUGGCAGAUGGUGGCGGCGCUGGCGGAGCGGCUGCGAGCCGUUGUGACGGUAGCGAUAUUCCCGCUGGCACCAGAACAUACCCUGAUGGAGAUUUUCGAUGCGGUAAGGCCGGUCUAUGAUGACCUUGCUUUGCCGUCGCAGGAUAAGACGCCGUUCUUUGUGGUGGGAGAUUCGACGGGCGGCAGCUUGGGCAUCUCGCUCACCCAGGAGGCGCUCAAAGCAGGACGGCCGGCGGCAUCUCGGCUCGCUUUCCUGUCUCCCUGCGUCGAGUUCACUUUUCACAACCCAGAGGUACGACAAGCCGCCCAGACGGAUCCGUGGCUGGAUAUCCCGGGCUUCGAAGAGGCGGUGCGCUAUCUUUGCCCGGAUGUGUCGCCGGACGAUGCGCGAGUGAGCCCUCUUCACGGAGAUGUUAGCCAGCUGCCGCCAACAAUGAUAUUUGCUGGAUCAACGGAGAUGUUGACGCCGGAUGUCAGGAAAUUUGUGGCCAAAGUAAGGGAGCAGGGACGGGAGAUUGAGUACGUCGAGGGAGAGGGCAUGAUGCAUGUCUGGCCGUUGGUGCAGUUUCUGCCAGAGGCGAGAGAGGCCGUGGAUAAGUUGGUGCGCUGGCUAGAGUACGGCAAGAGUUGA